UGGAUGAAACGAAGUCUAAAAGCUGAACUGUUCUUCUACUACAUCAAGAGUUUUUGACUUACAUUUUUCAGCAAGCAUGACUCACCAUAUCGAGCUUCUUCAAAAACUUUUUUCAUCCUUAACUAAGGCUGUGAGCAUUAUCCUGCUCAUAGUCACUUUCUUCGUCCUUCAGUACUUAUUGGACAUGGACUAUGUUUGUUCCUGCGAUCCAGAUUCACAUAUAACUGGUGCAGUCUUCAUGGCUCUCCCACCUUUAAUCCUCAGUUGUUUAGUCACCUUAAUUGAGUCUUUCUACAAAAAGACGAUUUAUUAUCAGCGCUAUUGUAGUUGUGGUAAUUACAUGCAGCUUUUUGGCUUUUUUUUGGCCAAAUAUCUCUUUCUGACUGGCAUUUGGGCAGGCGCUGUUCUGCUUGAGGGUGACUGGUACAUCUGUCUGAUAACAAACAUUGGUAGAAACCACACAAGAAUCGCUUGUAAGGAGAAUCUGACAAAUGAGGAAAAGCACACCAAAGCUCAAUAUAAGAAUGAGUCAGUGGACAUUGGCUUUGGUGUUUUGAGUGUGCUUUUCAUUAUUUGGAAUAUCUACGAAUUUUGGAAACCCAUUUGUAUUAUGAGACGGUUCAACAAGAACUUCAAGUCCUCAGGGUGCCCCUCAUACUACAGAUGGGUGUACGAAGAACUUCUUUCAGAGGAGGUGAGCAACCACUUGAAAGAGGAGCUCAAAAAUAUAGCAGAAGAAAAAGCAAAGAAACUCUGUGAAGGAUUCUUGAAUCGCAUUCAAAAAGCUGAGCUGCAGACACAAACAGGAAAUCACCAUAGCAACAAUUCCACUCAUUCUAACAGUAAUGACGAGCCUAAUCCCAAUAACAGUGAAAUUGACGCCGUUAGUACCGACACCCUCUUUCCCAGGAGUGAUGCCGCUAAUCCUAACAGCAAUGCUGACCAAAAUUCAGAAAGUGACAUUUUGGUUGCCUGGCAUAUAAUUUCUGAACCAUAUUUCUACCUGAACGAUUACACUCAGGCGGGGCAGAGCUGAAAACAAUGUUACUGUGACCAAAAUAAGCUUCACACAGACUGUUGUUGGUUCUUGCAUUAGUUUCCAUUUAGUUUAAAAAAAACUUUAAUGCUUGUUUCAAAGUCUCUGCACGCUCUGUUCAGUACGUCCUCGAUACGCUGUUCUAAUACUGGUGAACCUGCUUUUACCUCCAAGCUGCUGAAACAAUGUAAUAAAUCACAUUAUAUGGUGCUUUAACAUUAUCAACAUUAUCAGAAUUUAAAACCAAAGACAUUCCUACUUAUCCGUGCCAGUCAGUUGUUAUGUUUGUUUUUACUAUUUUACUUUAAAUGUAACAUUUUUUAAAGUUUUUAACAGUUUUACUUCUACUCUUUUUUAUUGGUUUUGUUGUGCGGUUAUUAUCAUUUUUACUGGUGUAUUGAUAGUGUCAGUAAGGGUCUUGUCAACGUUCUGUUUAUACAUUUAAAUCAAGAUUUAUUCUCUUGUUGCAUUUGUGUGUUUUUUAUAAAUCACUGUUUUUACACACAUGCAAUAUAAUAAUAUUUUAUUUUCUUUCGUUCACUGAACUUUGGAAUAUUAAUAGAAAGCUACUUACAAAGGUCUUACUCUGGCUCUUUGACUGGCAGCUGAGUUUUAUAUCUUCCUAUCAGGUUCAUUUAAGUGACUCUUUAACUAUCUCUAUAGAUAAACCAUCAUGGCACAGUCUGAUAUUAAUGUAAUAUGUGUAAAGUGUUAUUAGUAAAUACAGAGAAUUGUAUCGUCAGAUAGAAAUACUGACAAUGGUAACAAAGUCUGUGUGAGUAACAGCUUUGUAGCUAAAUUCAUUCUCUUUUCUUCUGUUCAACAUUGU